AUGGCUUCGUUUAAAGAGCAACCGUUGAUACAGGACCUCAAUUGGCGCCUCGUAUUGAUAGGUUUGAUCUCUUCCCUUGGAGCUAUGGGCUUCGGGUUUGAUAAUGGAUGGUGGGGUGGAGCUCUAGGGCUGUCUCAAUUUCAGAUGAAAUACGGCGAGUAUGAUGGGAAGCUUGGACGAUGGGCCAUUCCUUCGGAAAAGACCUCUGUUGGCACUGGAACUGGCUCAGCUGGUAUCAUCUUGGGUUGCAUCAUGGCGCCCUUCAUUACUUCCAACUUCGGAAGAAAGAUGGGAUUCCUCGUGUUGUCACUACUUAUGAUUGUCGGCGUUGUGUUGGAGGCCAGUGCUAUCACGUCAUUUUGGCAGCUGGCAGUUGGAAGAAUUAUCGUUUAUUCCGGCAUCGGUCUUGCAUCUAAUGUCGUCCCGACCUAUCUUUCCGAGUGUUCACCGCAGCGGGUUCGAGGUGCUUUCCUCGCCCUAUAUUCGUUUUUCACAUCAUUGGGAGUUUUCAUCGCCAGCCUAGUGGUGUACCUGUCCCGCAGCCGCAACGACAAGUGGCAGUAUCUAAUUGUGAUUUGCUGCCAGUUAUUUGUUCCAAUCGGCUACUUGAUUGCCUACCCUUUCCUACCCGAAUCACCCCGAUACCUGGUCUACCGUGGGCGAUUCACAGAAGCAGAAGAAGUCAUGAGAGGUCUGUCCAACCAUCCAGAGACCAUCUCGCAGGAGAUCCAACUCCUCAAGCUGCAAAUUGAGGAGCAACGUGAACUUCAUAAGGCCACAUCCAUACUCGACUGUUUCAAGGACAGCAAUCUUCGCCGCACAGUCGCAGCCAUGGGAGUUCAGAUUUUCCAGCAGGCACAAGGAGUGUCUUUCAUACAAAACUUCAUUGUGACAUUCAUGCAACAACUGGGAUUCCCAGACCCUCUAAGGACCAACCUGCUCGUCACAGGAUGUUCAUUUGCCUGCCACGUCUUGACUUUUGUCACCUUCGAUAAGCUCGGCCGACGAUGGUCUCUGCUUCUGGGCUCCGUUGGAAUGGCGGCCACCAUGUUGGGUACCGGAGGCGCUAUAGAAUCUGGUGGUGCUGUAUCAGACCUAUCGGUGCAAGCCAAAAACGCCUGUGCCGCACUACUGAUCCUCUGGUACUGUAUCUACGGGUUUACGUGGGGUCCAGGGUGCUGGAUUGUCACCGGCGAAAUCGGAACCGGUCAGCUUCGUGAGCGAACUAUUUUCCUCGCUUCUAUGGGCAGUUUUUUGACCUCGGUACCUAUUAACUUUGUCAACCCUUAUGUGCAAAAGGCAAUUGGUGGCCGUGUGACAUUUAUAUAUGGCGCAUUUUCCGUUCUGUCUAUCCUCUUUGUCUGGAUGUGUGUUCCCGAGACACGUCGCAGAUCUCUCGAGGAGCUCGACGAGAUGUUCCAGGCGAAUGUGCCCACCUGGAAGUUCAACAAAUACGUCUGCACCGGGAUGGGUGCCGAGAUUACGCGACUUGAGCAUGGCGGGAACGCGGAUAAGCCUACCAAGGAAGAGAUAGAAUGA